ACACGACGGACCGGCCUCUGGUACACAGUCACCAGCACAGAGGCAAUGGAAAUGCCUUUCAGCCCUCCUUGGAGAGUUUAUCGUUCUGUGCUGAAUCGCAAGUGAAGUGGCUGGGAAAUGCACUCCAUUGAUCUCUUCUCGUCCACUUGCUACAAACAGAAGACGCGAGGCGAGAGCUAUGGUCCCAAAAAUCAUCCCAUCAAUGUGUUGCGGUACAAAUUCCCGACAAAAGUCCCGGUGAUCCUGGAGCGAUAUCGCAGCGAGAGAGAUCUCCCGGACAUUGGCCAGCGGAAGUAUGUCAUCCCACAGGAGAUGUCCAUGUCACAGUUCCAUCAGAUGGUGCGCCAGCGGAUGAAUCUCAGUCCAUCCAAGGCGCUCUUCUUCCUCGUCAACAACCGCACGAUGAUCUGCCUCAGCAAAUCCCUGCUGGAAGUGUACGAUGAGUUCCAGGAUGCCGAUGGCUUCCUCUACAUCACCUACGCCAGCCAGGACGUCUUUGGCUAGACUCCAUCUCUGCCUCAAGCGAUCUCUGACCCGGCGCGCGUGAAAAAGUGGCGAAAAAGCGCGCCAGAGCACAGAAAAAAGCCUCCUCAGCCGCGUUUCAGCGGUGAUAAUAGACAUUUUAUAUUCAAUCACAACGAGGGUUAUCUCAUGUUUAGUUUAGACAGAUUAAUUAUUAAUCAAUUAAUGUUUUAAGUCAGGAUUUUUAUCGGUUAUGUAUGGCAAAACUUUCUCUCUCGCCUCCUUUAUCACCCGAUGUUGGUCGCGCUAUCGCGC